UCGUGAGAGGUCACGCAGCACCUGGAGUCGAGCCCGGUCAGUAGGGGAAGUGUAGCCGGAGUUGACUGAGCUGCAAAAUGGGGGAACAAGAUAAUAAUGUCGAUGCAAAAGCAGAGGUGAAGUAUUAUUCUAUGGAAGAAGUGAAAACUCACAACAAAAGCAAAUCUACGUGGUUGGUGAUACACGACAAGGUGUAUGAUGUCUCAAAAUUUCUAGAGGAGCAUCCUGGUGGAGAGGAGGUGCUAUUUGAACAAGCUGGAGGGGAUGCCACAGAAAGUUUUGAAGAUGUGGGACAUUCAUCUGAUGCCAGAGAGAUGCUGAAACAGUAUUUCAUUGGAGAACUUGAUUUGGCUGAUCGAAAAGACGAUUCUAAGGAUGUGUUAAUUACAACAUCUUCAAGCCAAUCUAGUUGGUGGACAAACUGGCUUAUUCCUGCAUUUGCAGCCGCUAUUGUAGGACUCAUGUAUCGUUUUUACCUUUCGGAGAACAGAACUUCAUCCUGAAGAUUUCCAUUUUAAGUUAACUAUCUGGGUGUAAUGAAGUGUUGGUGGACCAGAAACCAACUGACUGGUGCUGGUAAUGCCAGUGUGCUGAAGAUUUUACCAGUAAUUGGAUGUUAUUUAAUUACUAUCAAAACUUGUAUGAAUCUUUUUUUUCCUAUUCUAUGCAUAGAAGUAAGUGAAGUAAAUGCAGUAUGCAAUACCAGAGUUUUAUACAGAACUUACAAUAUUAACCAUAAUUCAGUUUUAAGCAUGGUUUGAACCCUGUUUCAGACUUUUCAGGAAAAUUGGUCAAUUUUAUCAAGAAAAGCAUUGAAGAAUUCAUUUAUACUGAUGUUGCAAAUAUUUACCCAUGUUGAACUCCUGAUAAGUGUUACCAUCAUGAACAUAAAUAAAUAAUUAUUGUAGUCUUCACACAAAUUAGUUUCCUCUUCCCUUGACAAAAAUCAUUUUCCUUGAACUGUCCAUCACUUCUCUAUCCUUGAGGGAUAUUAAUAAUUUUCUCAGUUUAAUAAUGAUUUUCUAAAACACUAAUUUUAUGGAGCUGAUAAUGUUACAUGAAAUGCAGCUAAAAGUCUUACAGCCUAUGCUUGUUCUCUUUGCUUUGAGGGUGACAAGUUCAACGCAAGUACAAUUUAAUGGAUAAAACUCAAACGUGGGCAGGAUAUGGUUCAAGCAGACACAGGGGAUUUGAUUAAUUUAUUCCUUGACCUGCAAGGAUAAAGUAACUGUUAUGAUUGACUUUGAUUUUUUUUUUUGGGAGGUAUACUGUUCCACAAAGUGGAAAUAAUUUUGCCUACUAUUUCUGAUUGUUUCUUAUUCCUUAAGGUGAACUUGAGUUGAGGCCAAGUGCAAGAAAUCCUGAAUUGCAAUUUGUAAUAUCUAAUAUGGUCUCUGUUCUCUUGAUCUUCUGCUCAUUGGAAUUAAAUUGGUUCCCUAUGACCAGUCUUGUACCUAAAUUCUAUACUGCUGUAAAUUAAUGUUGGUGAUUAUUUUUGCAUGUUGUAUUUCCGAUUUUGUUAAUCUUAAAUGUGAUAAAUUUGUUCUCAUUAUGUGAAUCUUAUUAGUGUGCAUGCAAUUUGUAUGUUUUUUGUAUAUUCAGACUAUAUAUCUAACUGACUAUCCUUGCAUCAAUUAUGUCUCAAAAACUGACAUUUCACAAAAAAACUUAGUUAACUCUUGCAUUACUAGUGCAAACUUUUUAAACAUUAUUACCAUACCACAGUGAUUUAGCCUAUUUUAUCUAAAUUCUUCACAAGAUGAGCUUAUGAAUAUGAUGUUUUCUACAGUUAUCCUGAAAGGCAUUUUCAGUUAUUCUUUAACUUACUAUAAUAGCUUCUGUAAUCUUGAAAUUCUAGAUUUUACUUAAUAUCAAAAUAUCCAGAUAUAAUGUAUUCAGUUGCUACCAUCUUUACUUAUGCAACAUAAGUUAUGCCUACUAUACAUAGAUGAAUGUUGAGUGGGUGCAUAUGUUUGCUAAUCACAAAAUCUUCAUUGAAAUACUUUUCAUUCCUUAGAACCAAACACAGAAUUUAUUCUCAUAUGACCACUAUGUUGAGUAAUAGAUGUAUCAAAGAAGUACUCAUCUAUCAAUAGAUUUACUUUAUAAUGUAAAAUGAUUGGUAAUAAUCAAGUUACUAAGAUUAAAUAUGAUUGAUGUUAUGUGCUUUCUUGCAUUGAGCAUGGUCUGUGAUGGUUAAGAUCAUGGUUGAUCCAUUUUUGGCAUCAGCAGCACUUUUGUGCUCACUCCCCCAUAAUGCUAGACUCCCCUGUAGUUAAAAUGUCUGCAAAUGCAUUCAAUUAUUACUUUUAGGAUCCUUCAGUGCAGAGGUUUUACAAGAAUCACAGCUCUCUGAAGAUAUUUCUCUAUCUGUCUUAAUGAAUAUAUUACCAAGUUCUAUGCACCAUUCAAAAGUAGAAAUACCUUCUUGGUAUUCGCCCUGUUAAUUCCCAUAAGAAUAUUUUGUUUCAAUAGAUUACCUUUUGUUUACCUAAACCAUAAAAAUUACUGUCAUUCUACUGUUACUGUAUUUUGUUUUUUUAUUUUUAAACCAUUAUUGUACAUCCAAGCAAAAUUUUAACAAUCUAGUUUUAUUAGUUUUGAAGAUCAAGUCAAAAACUUUAAGACAUUUACAAAAUAAUGACACCGGAUUUGGAAGAGUACUGCCAUUUGCUUUUAAACUCUAUACUAAAAAGCUAAUAUGCAAGGAAUGCCUUAUACUUAUUUUAAAAUCUGGUGCAGAAAAUAAAAUGCUCUUGUGUUCUUUAAAUUUUGUACUUUUAUUUGGACAUCUCUGAGCAUCAUUCAGUAGUUAAACACUUAGCUUUUUAAAAAUAUACAUCUGCUUUGAUCCAGAUUUACACUGACCAAUGGUGUUUGUUUAUUUUAAACGUGUUUCAAACUUCAUGCUAAACUUCCUUAAUAAGCCUACCCCCAGCAAUGUGUAAAAUCAAUUGUUAGUAGUGUUUCCUCCUAAACCACACAUGAAACGACCACAACCCACAAUUUUGUCUUUACACUUGCAUCUUUUCCUAAACGGUGAAAACAGUGGAGCCAAAUCUCUGUCAAAACAAUGAUCCAUUGAGACCUAUUAUCUCAUCAGUUAACCUUGCAAUUUAGUACAGUAAUUAAAUCUGGAUUACAGAAUUAUUUUGAAUCAACUUCUUGUAGGGUAAACUCAGGCUUUAUUGUUAAUCAUCAAAAUGAAGUUCUCCAGGCAAUAUUUGUGCUAUAUACUAUCAUAAAAAUUAGAUUAUAUUGACAGUAGUCCACUUAUAAAUUAUUUUAAAAGUUUCUGUGAACUAAUCCUAAAAAUACUGCUAGAAGUAUUUAUUGUGCUCUGACCCCAAUUUGUUACACUGUAAGUGACAGUCAGUUUAGAAGUGAUGUUUCUGUAAAUUUAAGAACUUUUCAUUUCUUGCAAUUGUAGAAAUUUUCCACAAUUAGAUCAAUUAUUUCACAACUGCUUAUACACAAUGUGCUUUCUGGAAAGAAAACUCUCAAAUAAAUAAAAUGUUUAAGUUUA